CUAAUAGAAAAUUCCCUUUCCUUGAAAGUCCGGUCGUUUCUGGCGUUUCGAUGCUUUUCUUUUUUGAACAAACGGAAAAGAAAAAGCUACAGAUUUAUUAUUAAAAAGAGAGAGCACCGUAAAAAUUGGAUUUUUCAUCCUCUGAUCAGAUCAAACCAAUCUCAACCGUCAGAUUAAUCAGCUACCUUCUCCCUUUCAACAGACACUUUGUGUUCCUUUAUAAUCCCCUCUGGGCUUCUCUCGCAAUCUCUUACGGGUUGUUUCGUUCUUUUGAAGAGAGCACAGAUUUCCAAGGUCCCUCUGAAAAUUUCGAAUUUUUCGAUCCGGUUUAAAAUGGUUUUGCUGAGAGAACACGGUAAAGCCUUGGCGCUUUAGCCUAGCAGCUGCGUUUUCGUUUCUUUUUCUUGUUUCUCUUUUUUCCCCCAGUAAAUGGGCUGCUUUCAAUCUAAAGUUACAAGGCAAUACCCCGGACACGAAGACCCCAUUGUUCUCGCUUCACAAACUGCUUUUAGUGUUAGUGAAGUGGAAGCACUCUUUGAACUAUUCAAGAGCAUCAGCAGUUCGGUGAUCGAUGAUGGGCUGAUCAACAAGGAAGAGUUUCAAUUAGCUCUGUUCAAGAAUAGGAAGAAAGAAAACAUUUUUGCAAAUCGGAUCUUCGAUUUAUUUGACGCGAAGAAGAAGGGAGUCAUUGAUUUUGGUGACUUUGUUCGAGCACUCAAUGUCUUCCAUCCAAAUGUCUCACAAGACGACAAAAUUGACUUUGCAUUUAGACUUUAUGACAUGGAUGGAACGGGUUUUAUCGAGCGGAAUGAGGUCAAGCAAAUGCUGAUCGCACUUUUAUGUGAAUCUGAAGUGAAGUUGGCCGAUGAAACCAUCGAGGCGAUUCUUGAUAAGACAUUCUUGGAAGCUGACAUGAAUCAGGAUGGAAAGAUCGAUAUAUCUGAAUGGAAACACUUCGUAUCACGAAACCCAUCACUUUUGAAAAUCAUGACCCUUCCAUACCUGAGGGAUAUAACGACGACAUUUCCGAGCUUCAUUUUUCAUUCCGAAGUUGACGAGAUUGCCACAUAAUUG